GUAACAGGUUAAAGUGAAAGUCCUAGUUAUUAGACUAGAUUCUUGAUCUUCCAGUUAAGCCCUUAAGGUUAAGCCUAAAGAACAGGUUCUGACCCAAGAUUUCUCGUGAGGCAAGUUUGUCAUCAGUUGGCGCUAGAGAAGGUCUACUAUUGUGACAGCGACUGGGAACUUUCUGCCUGUAUAGGAUCUGUCUAACCAUGUUCCAGAGACCGUGCCUGAGACUGCGUGUUCUCCUACAACAUAUUCGGGCAGCCCAAAUGUCCAGCCAGGCGGAGGAAGAAAUCUUGUUCCAGGCCAGGAACCAUGUUGGUGUGGUCACUAUGAACCGACCCAAGGCCCUAAACGCCCUCAACCUCUCCAUGGUCAGGAAAAUGUACAGCAAGAUGCUGGCAUGGGAGACAGACCCGAACAUCGCACUGGUGGUGAUCCGAGGGGCAGGAGGGAAGGCCUUUUGUGCUGGUGGGGACAUCAGAGCUGUGACUGAUGCAGGCAGGAAGGGAGACCCGCUGUCACAGAAUUUUUUCAAAGAGGAAUACAUUCUCAAUCAUAAGAUUGGAAGUUAUAGCAAACCCUACGUGGCCCUCAUAGAUGGAAUCACCAUGGGUGGGGGUGUGGGCCUCUCAGUGCAUGGAAUGUUUCGUGUGGCCACAGAGAAGACCAUGUUUGCCAUGCCAGAGACGGCUGUAGGUCUAUUCCCUGAUGUGGGUGGUGGUCACUUCCUGCCACAGCUAGAGGGGAAGCUGGGAAUCUACCUUGCCUUGACUGGCGUCAGGCUGCGCGGCCGAGACAUCAGCACUGUGGGCAUCGCCACACACUUUGUGGAAUCCUCAAAGCUAGAGGAACUGCAAGACAAGCUGUCUUCUCUCUCCUCAUCGGUGGGCAAAGAAGAUGUAGCUGCCGUGCUCAACGACUUCCAAAACCAGUCCCAGCUAGAUGUGGACAAAGAAUUCUCUCUCAAGCCAAACAUGGAAAAGAUAAACCGUCUGUUUGCCGGGGACUCCAUGGAGGCCAUCUUUGCCGCGUUGGAAAAGGACGGCUCUGAUUGGUCGAUUGCUCAGCUAGACACGCUCAAGAAAAUGUCGCCGACAUCGAUGAAGAUCACCCUGCGACUGCUCCUGGAGGGCAAAGGUCGGUCACUGGCUGAGGACCUUCAGGUUGAGUACAGGCUGAGCCAGAGAUGUGUGGAGGACCGCGACUUCUACGAGGGAGUGCGAGCAGUUCUCAUUGACAAAGACAACAGUCCCCAGUGGAACCCGGCAAGCAUCAAGGACGUAGCUGCCAGUAAAGUGGACUGGUACUUCUCUCCCUUGGAUGCCAAGAGGGAGCUGGUGUUGUGAUGACAACAGUGUGUCAUGUGCUAGUUUGUUUGUUUGUUUGUUGGUCAUCUCUCUGCCAGACCUGGUGUUGUGAUGACGACAAUGUGUCAUGUGCUAGUUUGUUUGUUUGUCCGUCAUCUCUCUCUCUGAAAGAUGAUUUUGUGAUGUUGACAGUGUGUCAUUUACAUGUUUGCUUGUUAGUCAUCUCUUUGCCAUAUAUAUAUAUAUAUAUAUAUAUAUA